CCAGUCAAAAGAAAAGUGACGAAGUGGACCUUCAUCUACCCUUUCUUCCUUUUGUUUCGGAGACGCGUUUCUCUGGCCACGGUUAGGCAAAGUCUCCUUUGAAAGUUCGUCGUCACCGUUGCCUGUGAUAGAAAGGUAAAGGCAAAGACCUUUUCUCCCUACCAUCAGCCCUUCCUGUCUAUAAGGAGAGAGUACCACAACAUCGAAGCACAGACAGGAAGAAAGGAGGAGAGAGCAAGAAGCUGCAACAGGGGUCGGCCUGACCUUGGGAACACAGGAAGAUGGCAUCUUCAAAAACCAUCACCAACGUUCUGUUAGUGAUUGUCAUGGCUACCGCUGCGUCGGCUGCCACAUACACAGUCGGUGACAGCAGCGGUUGGAUCAUUCCGCCCACACCCAACUUCUACGACACAUGGGUCGCUUCCAAAACCUUCCGUGUUAACGACAAGCUCGUUUUCAACUUUCCGACAGGAGCGCACACAGCGGUCAGGGUGUCGGAGAAGGAGUACAAAGCUUGCACCUUCGCCAACCCCAUCGAGACCUACAACACAGGCCCUGCGACCGUCACGCUCAAGGAAACCGGAGCUCACUACUACCUCUGCAGCAUCCCUGGACAUUGCUCCGGCGGGCAGAAGGUCUCCAUCAACGUCGUCUCUGCCGCUUCAUCGCCUCCACCAUCAAAGGCGCCCUCUGCUCCGUCUCCGUCUCCAGUCGCCAGGCCGCCAACUCGUGUCGCAAACCCUCCCGCUUCCUCUUCUCCACCACCCAUGGCCCCUUCUGCUCCAUCACCAUCUCCGCUCGCCAAGCCGCCGGCUUCCAUCGCAACCCCUCCCGCUUCCUUCUCCAUCCCACCUACCAAGUCUCUCCCUCCGUCCUUCCCACCUUCUUCUCUAGCAUCUCCUCCUCCUCCUCCUGGAUCACCUUCUCCCUCUGCUGGGACGCCUCCUUCUACUCCUGCUGCCGGAGCACCAGGCACGUCGUCUACUCCUCCCAGCCAGCCGACUGCCUCUGCCGCUUCCUUCAGCAGAGGAUUCAAAUGGACCACCGUCCUGGCGUUGGUGCUUGCCUUUACCUUUGUAUGGUAGAUGGAAUUAGACUGAAACUUUUGUUAGGCUCUUCGGGCAUUUUUCUUGUUUUUGGUGAUUUGGGGAGUUGAGUCCAAUGCGUGGUUUCCAGUUUACUUGUAAUUUUUCCUUGUAACAAUGGAGUCCCUUAUGGCAGUGACACCAUUAAUUUUUUUUAGUAAUACAGUUAUACAGAGAUAUUCUUGUUUGAGUGCUUUAGGUUAAGGAUGUACCUUGUAGAGUGUAUGUGUUACAAAGUUUGAUCGCAUUGUUCCUGUCUUUGUUUUAUUGUAUCUUUUUAAAAAGUCAGCUUGUUUAUAUGAGAAGCUGUAUCAAUAAAUAUUUUUAUUAUUUCAUAAACAUUACUUAA